AUGAUGAACAUUUCAGGGAAGGUGGAUGCAAGACUCCAUGAGGAAUGUGUACCAGGGGACGGGGCAUGCCAAGAUCCCGAUGCUGAAUGUGUUGGCGAGGAAGGCUCGGGAACAUGCGAGUGCAAGCAAGAAUUCGUGGAUGAUGGAGGCAUUUGCCAAAAAGGAUACGAAAAGGAAUGCAACGAAACAGAAGAGUGCGUGAGUAAUGCCAACUGCGAAGAACUUUCAGACAUUUACUUUUGCAUAUGCUCCUCCGGAUUCGUUCCCGAAGACGAACUCUGCAAGGUACCAGUAGGAGGGAAUUGCAGGCAAGACACAGACUGCGUAAAUAACGCCAACUGCACAGAAAUCCAAGGCAGUCAAGAAUGCGCUUGUGAUGUGGGAUUCAUGGAGGAAGGUUCAUCCUGCAGGCUCCCGAUCCUGGGUGAAGGAUGCUUGUCUGAUCCAGGGCCGGGAUGUAAUCCAGGACAAGAAUGUUCUCCUAAUGAAGAUGGUCAGACUACAUGCCAGUGUCCGGAUGGGUUCGUGGAACAGGGUAUCAAUUGCAGAGUGCCACCAGGAGGGGACUGCGUGGAAGCAGAAGACUGCGUAUCUAAUGCGGCAUGUUACGAAAAUAGCUGCAUGUGCAACUUAAAUUAUGUCCCAGACGAUACUUCUGGCUUGUGCAGGAAGGUGAAUGCAGACCUCGAUCAGUAUUGUGACCCUGGUGAAGGCGAAUGUAAAGAUCCCAAUGCCGAAUGUGUUGGCAAUGAAGGCCUGGAAACCUGCAAGUGCAAGUCAGGAUAUUUGUAUGAUGGAGGCAUUUGUAAGAUACCAGCUGGAGAGAAUUGUUCUGGAGUAGGCGAUUGUGUAAGUCAUGCCUAUUGCCAGGGGAGUCCCAUUCCAAAGUGUGAAUGCAACUAUGGCUACGUGAUUGAAUCUGGAUUAUGCAAGAAGAAAGCUGGAGAAAGCUGUACAUUGAUGGACGAAGACUGCGUGGAGAACUCCACCUGCAAUGCUGGAUUAGGAAAUUGCAAAUGCAACGAAGGAUACGUGGAAGACAAUGGACGAUGUAGAUGGCGUAUCCACAAGUUCAGUUCCUACCCCUGGAGAGAGAGAUACUCUGGUCUCAGCAUGAGGAAGCGGCGGACAGAACCUACUUACCCCAUCUCUUUACAGAAAUUCCUUUCGGAUUAG